AAUUGUACACUGUAGUAGUUCUCUUUAGAAACUCACUCUCUUAAAGACUUUAGCAUUGGUCCUUUGUUGAAAAUUUUAACUAUAACGAUAAUUUUCAAUUAAAAACAUUAUGAUCCAGUUAAGAUUCGUGUUAUAUUUUGUUUUUGCAAUAUUAACAAUCGUGCACCAUGACGUGGCAGCAAAUAGCAGCAGCUCGGAAGAAGCAAUUGAAAGUAAAGACAGGCGUUUCAUCAACGAAGCUUGCAAUGACUUGUCCACCUGUCUGGAGGAAAAAAAUUUACAUCUAUUAUCUUCCUGGUUCAUGCUGGGCGUCUCGAUUUUUCCACUGACGUACGAAAUACUACAAUUGGAAAAGAAAACAAAAAAAGCCUUAGAUGAAAAAAAACGGAAAGGGAUACGUCAAUUGUGUCCUGACGUUAUGAAAGACGAAGACUUUGAUGUGGUAAAAUACCGACAAAAUUGUCGAGAUUGGGCUGACGAAUGUUUUAAAGAGUAUGUAUUGGAUAUCAUACAUCCCAAUCGCAAAGGUCGAUCGCCCGAAAAACCACUUGUUGACCAGGCGGGUGACGUGGUGGACGGAGAGGGCGAAAAGAUUUAUUAUAAAUGGGAAUUCUUCCCAGGCGCUGGAAGCGAUUUAUUUACAAAAGAAACACCGGAAGCAACAUCUUCAGCUCAUCCUACUAGAAUUGUUCCCGUUAGAAGACGUCGAUAACAAUUUCUCACCCUCGUUCGCAUAUUUUAUGUAAA